UGACUAAGGAAGAUUGGAACCCUUCCACAGAAUCCUAUCCCCUGCUAGAGUCUUCCCUGAUGAUGCUACUCCAGCUCCCAGGAUCCUGUAAAGACCAUGCAUGUUCCAAUGGGACCAUGUGUCACCUUGUGAAGCACAAACCUGAGUGUGUAGCCAGCACCCAGGCCACCGAGAUCAUGUUCAGUCCCAAGACAAUCUCUCUCAAGGACUCCAAAACAGCAUCCAUCUUCAGCUCUAAAACCAUGGCAAUGACCAAACCAGGAUCAGAGAGCACACCUGAAGCAGAACCAGGGCUUGUAACUGUGGCCAUAAAUGAACAUCAGCCUGAAUCUAUGGUUUUGAUUAAACCAGAAUCUGAACCUCUGGCUGUAAAAGAACCAAUUCCUGAAACCCUGGUCGUGUCUGAACCAGCACCUGCAUCUUUCACCCUGACAGUACCCAUAGCUGAACCUGAAUCUGAACCCAAGACCGUGUCUAACGCUAGGUCAGAAACCAUCUCAGUGGUCAAGCUGGGGCUCCAGGUGGUGGCAGUGACUGAACCAGGCUUGGAGGCUGUGACUACCAUGGCAAAGCAAGAAUUUGAAACUGUGUCUGACUCCAAAAUGGUGUCUGAGGCCAAAUCAGAGACAGAGGAGGUCCCUACUAAGGGUCAGGGGAGCAUCACAGGAGGUACCUGCUGGGCUUCCGGGCUACCAUACAUCUACACUUUUGAUGGCUACUCUUUCCCUGUGCCUGGGGGCUGUACCUACAUUCUGAGCCAUUGCCCCCAGGCCCUCCCUGGUGGCCUUCCUGCCUUCCAGCUAUGGAUUGCCUGCUCUGGAGAGAGGCAGCCUAUGCACUUUGUCACAAUGCGCAUCUUUGGAGUCACCAUCACUGCUCUCAAGCAUGAGUUUGGCUUUGUCCAGGUGAACCAGCAGCGGCUUCGGCUGCCGGCGACGCUGCAGGACGGGAGGCUGCGGUUGUAUUUCCGCAGCUCCGAACUGUGGGCAGAGGUAGGGCUGGAGCAGGAGCCGCCCGCGCUGCGCCUAGUGUACGACUGGCAGCACGCGCUGUCUCUGCAAGUGAGCGACGGCUACCGGGCGCGUGUGGCGGGCCUGUGCGGCAACUUCAACCGGGACCCGGCAGACGACGUGGACGGUCCCGACCCGCGCGCCUUCCUGCGCUCUUGGGCCCUGCAGCCGCCCGGUGCCCCGUGCCACGCCGUCUGGGCGGCUCCCUGCGCCCAGCCAGCGUCCCCACCAGCGACCCCGGGGCCCUGCGCCGUCCUGGCUGCUCUGAACGGGCCGUUUAGCCCCUGCCACAACGUGCUGCUGCCUGCGCCCUUCGAGACCAGCUGCAGGGCUUGGAUCUGCCCCUUUGCCAACUACCGAGCCGCGCUUUGCUUGACCCUCCGGGUCUACGCGCGUACAUGUCAGCGCCUGGGUGUCAGCAUGGACUCCUGGAGAUUCCAGACUGGCUGCCCCAUCGAGUGCCCCCAAAACAGCCACUAUGAGCCAUGUGGCUCCUCCUGCCCAGAGACAUGCCUGGGUCCGUUGGGAGCACCGUGCCCACUGCCCUGUGGGGAAACCUGUGCCUGUGAUGCUGGCUAUGUUCACAGCGGCCCAGCCUGCGUCCUGCGGCACCCAGGUCCUGGUGGCUGUGGCUGCACACACCAGGGACGCCUGCUGGCACCGGGUGAGACUUUAUGGGAGGGCGUGGGCUGCACCCGCCGCUGCCUCUGCCCAGCCUCAGGAGGGAGCGUGAUCUGCACUGAAGCUGAUUGCAGGCCAGGCAAGCGCUGUGUUCUGUCACAUGGCCUGCGCACAUGUUUGCCCUUGAGCGUGGCCACGUGCGUGGUGGCCGGAGGAGGCCACUACAUCACCUUCGACGGGCGCCGUUUUCGCUUCCCUGGCUCUUGCAUGUACCUGCUGAGCGGCCUUCCUUCUCCAGCACUGGUGCCGCAGGAGCUCACUGACUUCCGUGUGCUCCUGGGCACUGGUCCUGAUGGCGUCCCGAGUAGCCUUGAAGUGCACAUGUCUGGAUGUCACCUGAGGUUGGACCCCAAGGAACCCGGUCGUGUCCUGGUGAAUGGAGACUGGGAGAAUCUACCAUUCCAGGCUAUGAACAGCAGUAUGCUCAUCUUUCGCCGUGGCUGGGACACUGUGGUCAGCUGCCCAUUUGGCUUGCGUGUGACCUAUGCCCCUGGGAUCCGAGUGGUACUGGAUCUUCCAGCAGCAUAUAUGGGCCAUGUGAUGGGGCUGUGUGGUGACUACAAUGGGGAUCCCAUGGAUGACCUCCAGGUGCCUGGAAUUGUGCUGGGCACCAAGCUGCCUGAGGAUGCAUUGGCUUGGGCCUUCGGCCAUAGCUAUCUGGUGGGUUCCCCGACUGGGUGCCUGAAUGCUGCUGACAAGAUGCCGCCACUGCCACCAUCCUGUGUCACCCUGCUAACCACCAGCACCCCAGCCCACUUUGCCAACAUCUGUGACAUCCUCUUGGAUCCCCUGGGUCCCUUCCAGCUGUGCCAUGAGAUGCUGGCACCAGGCCCCUAUGUCCAAGAUUGCAUGGUGGAUGUAUGCCUAGGCAUUGGACCCUGUCCCAUGCUAAGCCUCUACUGUGAAACUUGCCAGCUGCUGGGUGGCGAAGUCUUCCCCUGGCGGAAGUCGACUCUGUGCAGCCCGCUGUGCCCCGCACACUCCCACUAUGCGCUGUGCGCUCCUGGUUGCUCAGCCACUUGCGCAGGGCUGAAGCCACCACCUGGCUGCGACAGCGGGCUCUGCCGAGAGGGUUGCGUGUGCGACCCAGGCUUUGUGCUGAGCGGCGCCAUCUGCGUGGCCCCGGCUCAGUGCGGCUGCCUGAGUGCCGGACGCUACUUGGAACCCGGCGUGCCGCUGCCGCCCCCUUCCCCCACCACUGGCCGCUGCUGCCGCUGUCACCCUGGUGGCCGAGUGGCCUGCAAACCCUGCCGCGCAGCCCCAGGUGGCCCAGGCUUCUGCCUCGCCUCAGAGGGACUCUGUUACCGCACCUUCGACGGCACCACCUUCCACCUCCGGGGCACCUGCACCUACUCAUUGGUGGGCACGAGCAGGCGACGCCUUCCGGGUGUGUGGCCCUUGGAGGUGGUGCUGGAGAAAGGCCCAGGGACGCCCAAACUCCGCAGCGUGCUGCUCCGCGUGCUUGGCCACCGCUUCCGCCUAGCCUUGGAGGACCAGGGGUACAUCACGGUGGACGGCGUGCGGCGCUCCCUGCCCUUCGCGCUGACCAGGGGCCGGGUGUGCGCCUUCGCGCGGGGCGCCUCGGUGGUGCUCGCCGUGCGGGGGGGCCCGCGCCUGCUUUUCGGGCCCGGCGGCCACCUGAGCGUGCAGCUGCCUGCGGCCUACCGCGGCCUCACGCGCGGCCUCUGUGGCAACUUCAACGGCGACGCCGCGGAUGACCUGCAGCUGCCGAGCCUGGGGCCCUGCGCCGCACCAAGUCCCUGCCCCGGUUCGGGCUGUCCACCGGCCGCGGAGCACGCGGGCGCAGACGCAGCGGGGCGGGGCGCUUGCGGCCUCCUGCGGGAGCCCACCGGCCCCCUGGAGCCCUGCCACGCGCUCCUGCCGCCCGAGCCCUUCUUCCAGGCCUGCGUGGCCGACGUGGGCCGCGCCCGCGGGAACCGCAAAGCGCUCUGUGCCUCCCUGCAAGCCUACGUGGCUGCCUGCCAGACGGCUGGUGCGGAUAUGCAGCCCUGGAGGGCUCCCAGCUUUUGCCCCAUGCGGUGCCCCCCCAACAGCCACUACAGCCUGUGUGUGAACCCCUGCCCUGCGGCCUGUCCUGGUGUUCAGGAGGUGGUGCAGCUCCCCACUCCCUGCGCCGAGGGCUGCGAGUGUGAUGAUGGAUUCUUCCCGGCCGGGCGUGACUGCGUCCCUGUGGACCACUGUUCUUGCUUCCACAAUGGCCAGUACUUCCCUCCUGGCCAGACUCUCCUCCUCAAGAACUGCUCCUCCUCCUGUACCUGCCAACUAGGGGAGGGUGUGGCCUGUGUCCCCUUCAGCUGCCCUAUGAAGGAGGUCUGUGGCAUCACAGAUGGAGUCCUAGGCUGUCGAUUGCAAGCCACCUUGGCCCCUGCCUUGAGCUCUGUGGCCUCACCACUGGUUUCUCCACCUUCCCCACCCCUCCCCAGCCCCAGCCCCCAGUGCCCAGAAAAUUCCCACUUUGUUCCAUGUGGCUCUGCAUGUCCAGCCACAUGUGCCAACCCCUCAGCCCCAGAGCACUGUAGCCACCCCUGUGCUCCUACUUGCCAGUGCCUACCUGGCCACCUGCUGCUAGAGGGCCAGUGUGUGCCCCAUGCCCACUGCUUCUGCUUCCUGCACCAAGGCCGUGCUUUCUGGACAGAUAACUGUACUCAGCAAUGCCACUGCCCAACCCUUGGGGUCCUGGCGAGCAAGCUUCCCCAGUGUUGGCCUGACAAGUGCCAUGGUCACUGCAAGGCCUCCACGGGUGGUUGGUACCAUUGCCUGUUAGCCCAGCCCCCACCCAGGCCCACUGUCCUGGAGAAGUCACUGGUCUGCAUUGCGACUGGAGACUUCCACUUCCAUACAUUUGGAGGAACCCACUAUGAAUUCCCUGGCUCCUGUGUCUACCGCUUAGUGGGUCUCUGUGGCACAGCCCAUGCCAACCUUGAGCCCUUCAGCCUGGAUUUGACCCCACUGCUGCGGCCACGUGGCUGGACCAAGGCCCUGACCCUCUUAGCCUGUGGCCUGAGGCUGGACAUGAGUCCAAAAGAUCUCAACCGCAUCCAGGUGGAUGGAAUUCUGGAAUCCCUGCCCUUCUUUCAUGGCCGCUGCCUCCGAGCCUACUACCAAGGCCGCCAGCUCUGCAUAGACACGGCCUUCGGCCUCUCACUGACCUACGAUUGGGACAGCCUGGCUCUUGUAACACUGCCCAGGUCCUACGGACCCUACUUGUGUGGACUCUGUGGCCAACAGGGCCCGAGCAGCCCCACCGUGCAGGUGCCCGACACCUGGAAGGUGGCAGAAGUGCCGGGCUGUGGUCCAAUCUGCGGCCCCCUUUGUCCCGGCCCGUGCCCCGGGGCCAGGCGCACUCGAUUCGCUGGAGACGAGUACUGCGGCCUGCUGGCGGCGGCCGACGGCCCCUUCAGCCCAUGCUACGCCGCGCUGGACCCGCUCCCGUUCAUGGACAACUGCCUGGACGACGCGUGCCGCCACUACGGCGCUCGUCACAUCGUCUGCCGAGCCCUGGCCGCCUUCGCUGUCGCCUGUCAGGCUCUGGGCGUGCACCUGCGCCCCUGGAGGACGCCUGACUUCUGUCGUGAGUGCGCGGGACUUCGCAGGGAUAGCGGGUGAAGCUGGCAAGAGCUAGAAUUUGGGACCCCAGGGGAUGGAGGGGAGCGGGGGCGGGGGAGGCCCAACGGAGAAGUUCAGGCCUGGGGGGUG